AAAACCUCAAAGGGAGGAGAGACCUCAAAGAUAAUGUCAGUCAAUUCCUUCAUUUUACAGUUAGGGGAACAGAAGCUCAGAACAGAGAAAAGGCUUAGACCAAGAUCACCCGGAGAAUUCGCCGGAGUCAGAAUUUGAACACAGCUCUCGACGUCUGCUCCAGGCAAGUCCUAGAGCCAGAAACCACUUGCGAGGCGACCCCGCCCUCAGCCUCUGGCUCCAGCCCAUCCUCCUUGCCUCUCUGUCAGCCAGGGGUUCCCACUGCCUCCCACCCCCUCAUCCCCAGAGAUGACGGCAAGCAAGCGCGCCGCGAAGGAGUUGGAGGCAAUGCAGGAAAACCUACCAAGUUACCUUCGGGACCUGUGCAGUGAAAAUUCCAAUGUGCUUAUAUGGAAUGCGAUGCUCCUCCCGGACCAAGAGCCCUAUAACCUUAGGGCUUUCAAGUUCAGAAUCACCUUCCCACGUAACUACCCCUUCAGCCCUCCCCAGCUGACUUUCAUAACCAAGAUAUAUCACCCCAAUGUGUCUGAGAAUGGAGAGGUGUGCCUGCCCAUCCUCAAUAAGAACUGGACAGCCUGUACCAAAAUCUACCAAGUGCUGGAGGCGCUCAUCUUACAGUUGAACAUACCUAACCAAGAGCUACCGCUCCGGGCAGAGCUUGCUGACAUGUUUGUUCAGAACCCAGCACAGUUCAUGAAGAAUGCCAAGGAAUUCACUCUCCAGUUUGGGGAAGAUCGGUCUACCAGCCAGUGAUCCUGGUUGUCUCCUUACCUUUUCUCUACUUGACUUUUCCACAAAGAACCACUUGUCUGAUGAAUGGACAUGUCCUCCUGGGUAGAGAUGGCUCCCUUGAUUCUGGUUUCAAGGUCUGGGCCAGCUUAGGAAAAUGGCCUACAGGGACCAGAAAGAUUUUAAAGGGCAGGCCUGGGUAUAAUGGGAAUAGGGGGAAAGUUUAAAACACUCAGCUGAAUUAAGCUAUUCUGCUGUUACAGAAGCACUUUUUGGAUGCUUCAUUUUCUCCCUUUUUUUUUUUUUUUUUACCAUUGGGCUAAUCAAUUCUAUAGCUCCAGAAGACUGGCUGAUAGUUGAGUUUUCCAAUACCACUGCUGCCCUCUUGCCUCCAUGUCCUUGCUUAUCCCCUGUCUGUAGAGUGGAUUCUUCCCAUCCCUCUCCUCUUCAUCUCUUAAAGUUCUUCCCUUCCUUCGAGGUCCAGCACAGAUGGCCUCUCCUCCAGGAAGCCUGCCCUGACUCCUCAGGUGAAAGUGAGCUCUCCUUUCUCCCAUUCCUGACAGUGUUUUGUCCAUAUUUCUGUUCGACUGUCUGUCUGUCUCUCCCUUUUAUCACAAUGCUUCCUGAAUUUGACCCUUCUUCCUCCCCGGGCAGCAGGCUUCAAGAGAACCAGGUACUCCUAGGGUCACAGAUUUAGAGAUGAAAUCAACCUUAGAGGCCAUCUUCUUCAAGGCUAUCAUUUUACAGAUGAAGAAAUGAAGGCCCGGACAAUGUGAAGUGAGCUGCCCACUGUCACACAGAUAGGGAGGAAGUGGGAGGAACAAGACUUUUUUGACAGAUUUCUGGAAAGACAUAGGCGAGAAUCACAUCAGAUAAGAGGGUAGAUAUAGAGUGGUUGUGAACUCUGGUGGUUGAAGGGAGGAGGCAGAAGGUUCAUGAAGCAUUAGUCCCACCCCAACCCCCAUGUCAUAUGUAUUUUUGUAUCACCAGCUCUGGGCCUUGCAUCCUGCAGGUGAUUAAAACAUUUUUUUUUGGAAUAAAUAACUUCCCUCUGUGUUAAAAGCCCCCUGAGGGCAGGGAUGGAAACCUGGCCUUCACCCUGCAAAGUCAGUCUGCUUUAAACUCCCAUGGUUCUGUGCUCCUUCUAGGUAAAGGGUCUGUAGAAGGAAGCAUUUUGAGCAGACAGGGACCCCAAAGGUAGAUCUACAGCUGAGGAAAUUGGGAUGACCAUCUGGGGAAGAGAAGGCUGAAGUUUGAAAUAUUUAUCUUUGAAAAUUCUUAUUUUCCCACAUCACACCUAUCAGAUUGGCCAACAUGACAAAACAGGAAAAUGAUAAAUGUUGGAGGAGAUGUGGGAAAAUUAG